CAACGGUGCAACGAAGAAGCACUUACCAAGUUCUUCCGCAUGCACGAGAUCCGCUUCGAAGACAUUCUGCCGCCGUCGCAAUGGGUCUCCAAGAAGGAGCGGUACCGCUGUGACGCGUGCUCGAAGAAGUUUCACAACCUCUUUCGCCGCCGCCACCACUGCCGUCUCUGCGGGCAGCUCUUUUGCAAAGAAUGCAUCUUGCACAAGCUCGUCCACUUGGCGCCCGAGCGUCACAUGCCCAUCAAGACGUGCGCCACAUGCGCGUUCGAAGGCCCACCCGAGCGCAAAGCCGCCGUCUCCUCGCAUCUCUCGUACACGAUCGACUCGGACCGCUUCACGACCGACCCGGUGGCCGACGACCUCUUACUAUUUUCGCCCCUCGUCGAGGAUGGCGUGCCCAGCAUCGAGUACUCGCUGCAUCGCGACCGAGGCGCUUCGCUCGACGAGGUGGACUUGGACGCCGCAGCUGAGAAAGCCAACGAAGCCGAUAGACUCGAAGCGCUCCAGGCGUAUAACGUGCUCUACUCGCCGCCGGACGAGACGUUCAACAUCUGGUGCGACCUUGCGGCAAACACGAUGGAGUGUCCGAUCGCGGUCGUGAGCUUUAUGGACAAGGACCGGCAGUGGUUCAAGGCCAAGCUCGGGCUCGCCAAGACGUCGGUGCCACGAAAACUCGCGUUCUGCGAGGCGGUGGUCGCCUCGGGGCGGCCACAAGCCGUGCUCAACGCCACGCUGGACUCGCGUUUUGAGCGCAGCCCGCUCGUCGAGAGCGGCGUUCGCUUCUACGCCGGCGCGCCAUUGACGACACCGGGCGGCCACGUAAUCGGGACGCUCGCCGUGUUUGAUACAGCGCCGCGCACUGACUGCGAAAAGCUCGGGACGCUCGAGAGCCUCGCACAAAGCAUCAUGAAGGACAUGGAGGAGCGCCGGGUCUUCGAGUUGCGCUACCGGCAUCGGCGGCGACGCCAAGCCGCGUCGUUUGACGACCGGUCGCUGAUCAAGUCGAUUGAGCCAGCGCCGACGGUGCGGCUCACGCCCGACUUUGGCCCGGCGCCAUCGCUCGGCCCGAUGCCGCCGAUGCUCGACCUGCUGCCGCCCGUGACGUCCUCGCCCAUCGAACCGACAAGCAAAGGGGUCGAGGGCGACGGAAAGAUGCAAGACAUGCUGCUCGAUCUACUUUGCAAGACGACCGAGACGCAGCAACAUUUGGCGUCGCAACAAGGCUCGAUGUUUGCGACGCUUGGUCAACACACGGAGCAGAUUGACCGGCUCGCACAGGCCGUGAAGCGCAUGGAGUCGAAGCUCUGCCCGCUCUAAGCGCCUCCAAAUGACGUCGCUCGUCUGUCGAGCGCGUCAGUAUGUUAAUAUAAUAGUUGAUGUGUCGUAAGCAACGCCAUGGAGAUCG